ACAACUCCCAACCCAAUCCAGCCCAGCAAUCAACAAUUCCCCCGGUCGUUUUCACUUGACAUCCCCCGUCCCAUAGAUCGCCGGCGAUGGCUCCGGCCGUUGCCGCGGCGGCGUCGGCGGCGAUGAGGCAGGCACUGCGGGACCGGCAGAUCCUCGAUGCCGUGGGCACUGGCGCUGCGGCGCUCUCGCUGGCAGGCUCCUCCUUCAUCGUGAUCUGCUACCUCCUCUUCCGCGAGCUCCGCAAGUUCUCCUUCAAGCUCGUCUUCUACCUAGCCGUCUCGGAUAUGUUUUGCAGCUUAUUCACUAUAUUGGGGGGGCCAUCGAAUGCAUUUUACUGCUUUGCACAUGACUACAGUGCUCAUUUCUUCUGUGUGGCUUCUUUUCUAUGGACAACCACCAUAUCAUUCACUCUGCAUCGCACAGUUGUAAAACACAAAACUGAUGUUGAAGAAUUUGGAUCUAUUUUCCACUUAUAUGUGUGGGGAACUUCACUAUCUACCACUGUAUUACGUUCGAUAGGAAGUGACUACGGAAGACCAGGCACCUGGUGCUGGAUUCAGCAGGGAAGCAUGGCAAAGGUCCUACAUUUAAUAACCUUUUAUCUUCCACUUUGGGGUGCCAUUUUGUACAAUGGGUUUACAUACUAUGAAGUAAACCGCAUGCUGAAUAAUGCAACGCAGAUGGCUGCUGGCAUAAGUGAUCAAUCAAAUCAGUCUGACAUUAGGGCAGGCAGGAAGGCAUUUAACCGAUGGGGUUAUUACCCUCUAAUUCUAAUCGGUUCAUGGGCGUUUGCAACUAUCAAUCGUCUUUAUGACUUUGCCAAUCCAGGGCACAGGAUAGUCUGGCUCUCGUUUCUUGAUGUUGGGUUCGCUGGACUUAUGGGCCUAUUCAAUUCCAUUGCUUAUGGGCUAAACUCUUCUGUGCGCCGAGCUAUUGCAGAGAGAAUCGACACGUUCCUACCUGAGAGAAUAAAAAGGAGCCUCCCUGCUUUGUCAAGGCUGAGGAGUCAACAGGAAAAUGAACUCACUUCUCUUAUCGUUGAGGGUAACUGAUAUGUAAUGGAAUUUCCAUGCACACGAAGCCUUUUUUUUGUUUAUCUGUUCGUUCUUCAAUCUCCAACAAGGGAAUGCAACAUCACUGUAAGAGCAGUGGGUUAGUAACACGUCGAAUUGGUUCCGCUGUGUCCAUUGUUGAUCGUCUUAACACGAGACCUGGGGUUUGGGGUUCACCGCUCCCGCUCCGGCCGGAGUACAUAGGAGGGCUAGAGUAGGAACAGUCGGUAGAUAGACUGAUGUUCAUCUGUAGCUAGGUAAGCAGAGUUUGUUUGUUCAGAUGUACGAGUAUAACCACCUGUGUAUAAUGCACAUUCUAGCGCCACAUGGUUGCAAAUUUUCAGUUCCCCCCCCCCC